UCAAGACCAAGAAGAAAUUGRUAUGGAAAGUUCUGAACAACCCGAGAGUCCACAUAACGAAAACUUUACUCAAGGUUAUAUAACUUUUUUUUCAGUACCAAUGACGAUGUUCUACAGGAACACAAGUUCUACUUUUUUUUUAGCCAGCAAGAAAAGACCAACUCUCCAAGAACUAAGAAGAGGACUAGAAAGUGAUUCACCUUUUCAACCAUUAAUGGAGGAUGAGCAGACAGAGCAGAAACCUGAAAUUGAGAAUAUUGAAAUCAGUGGUCCCACAAUAACAGCCCCAAAGUUUGGAUGGAUUAAAGGAGUCUUUUUUUUUUGUCUUUUGAAUAUCUGGGGAGUAAUGCUGUAUCUACGUCUUUUUUUUUUUGUUGGUCAAGCAGGAAUUGCAAUGGCUACAGCUAUUAUUUUUUUUUUUGCUGUUGUUACAGUAUUAACAACAUUGUCAAUGUCUGCCAUUUGUACUAACGGAGAAGUAAAAGGGGGUGGUGUUUUUUUUCUUAUCUCAAGGACUCUAGGUCCAGAGUUUGGUGGCUCAAUUGGAGUAAUAUUUUCCAUUGCUAGUGCUGUUGCAGUUGCCAUGUAUGUUUUUUUUUUCUCAGAAACAGUGCGUGACCUAUUGAGAGACAACAAUGCUCUGAUGAUUGAUGAAGUCAAUGAUAUUCGAAUUAUUGGCAUUAUUACUGUUUUUUUUUUGUUUGGGGUGACUCUUGUUGGCCUAGAGUGGGUUGUUCGUUUUUUUUUUUUUCUUCUAGCAAUAUUAGUAAUUUCUAUUCUAGAUGUAGUCAUUGGUACAUUUAUUGGACCACAGAGUGUUCAAAGCAAAGCACAGGGUUUUUUAGGUUAUAAAAUGGAUAUUUUCUCAUUGAACAUGAAACCAGGAUUUCAAGGAGAAAGUUUCUUUUCGGUAUUUGCUGUCUUCUUUCCUGCAGUUUUUUUUAUUCUGGCUGGUGUCAAUAUCUCUGGUGACCUAAAAAAUGUAAAUUCUGCAGUUCCAAAAGGAACCCUUGUAGCUAUCUUAAUCAGCACCUUUUUUUUCAUCAUGUUAGCUUGGCUAGUUGGUGCAGUAUACCUCCGAGUUUUUUUUGGAAUUAUUGCUGCUGCUGUAUACAAUGUUACUAAUACAUCCAAUUCAACACAUGAUAUCUUAUGUACAUUUCCAAAUUGUAAAUUUGGACUUCUUAAUGAUUUUCAGAUCAUGGAUUUUUUUUCUGGCUGGGGACCUAUAGUGACUGCAGGGAUUUUUGCUUCAACACUAUCGUCAGCCCUUGCAAGUUUUGUUGGUGCACCCAAGACAUUCCAAGCUGUGUGCAAAGACAAAGUAUUCCCCAAAACUGAGUUUUUUGCAGUUGGUCAUGGCCCUGGCAAUGAACCACGCCGUGGAUACAUGCUGACUUUUUUUUUUUUUGUUGCAUUUAUUGCAAUUGGAGAUUUGAAUGCAAUUGCUCCAAUCAUUUCAAAUUUCUUCCUAAUUGUUUAUGCUCUUAUCAAUUAUGCAACAUUUGCAGCAUCAUUUGGACGAUCUCCUGGAUGGCGACCAUCUUUCAAAUAUUAUAACAUGUGGGUGUCUCUUGUUGGGGCUGUACUGUGCUUAGUAAUCAUGUUCCUGAUCAAGUGGUGGUCUGCUCUGCUUACUCUACUCAUUUUUUUUUGCUUGUAUAAAUUUGUGGAUUACAAAAAACCAAAUGUAAGUUGGGGUUCAUCUGGACAGGCAAACACAUACAUGACAGCUCUAUUUUUUUUAUUAAGACUUGAGAAACAAGAAGACCAUGUGAAAAACUACCGACCACAAUUUCUGGUUCUGUCAGGGAGACCUGUAGAACGUCCUCAUUUGCUUAAAAUCGUUUCUCACAUGAGUAAGAAUGUUGGGCUUAUGUUAUAUUUUUUUUUUUACAAAGGCGAGUUUGGCACCAUACCACCAGAAAAAGAUUCCAUUGAAGACACUAAAUGGCUUCAAGAUUGCAACAUAAAGGCUUUUCGAUCAGUAACAACAGCUCCAAAUUUACGGACAGGAGUUCAGAAUAUGCUUGAUUUGUGUGGUCUUGGAAAAAUGAAACCCAAUACAGUAGUACUUGGUUUUAAAAAGGAUUGUUUUUUUUCAUCAAAGAGUGCCAUUGCAGACUACUUUGGGAUCAUUAAUGACAUUUUUGAUCGAAAUUUUGGGUUAGUACUUUUACGUAUGGGUGAGAUUUUUUUUAUUGAUCUUGAAGAUGGAGCUAGUUCUGAAUCAGAAUCGGAUGGCAAUGAUGAUGUUGGAUCCAAUGAAACAAUUCAAGGAACGAUUAAAUUUUUUUUAAGCAAUUCUGAACUUGCUUUCCAAGAUAAGCAGCAAGGCAUUUUUUUUGUUUGGUGGCUGUAUGAUGAUGGUGGUCUAACUGUUCUAUUUUUUUUUUUACUCAGUCAACAUAGACUAUGGAGUGGAUGUCAGCUCAGGAUCUUUUCAGUUAAUAUUCGCUCAAAGCACACCAUCAAGUCUCUUGAAAUUAAUAUGGCCAAGUUAAUGAAGAAAUUCAGAAUCACUGCCAGUUGUGUUGACCAAGUCCCUGGUGCUAACACUAAACCAUGCAAAGAAAGUCUUGAUGCCUUCAAAAACUUACCAGUCAAGGAAGAGCUUGAAGAAGGAGACAUAACAGAUCAAAAGGUUUUGCGCAUGAUACGUAUAGGAGAACUUAUCCGUGAGCGCUCCAAGGAAGCAAAACUGGUUAUAGUUUCACUUCCAGUACCUAUAGCUGAUGUGACUUCACCUUUGAUGUACCUGAGCUGGCUUGAAGUGCUAUUUUUUUUUCUACCACCUGUACUCUUAGUCAGAGGAAAUCAAACAAGUGUUCUUACAUUCUAUUCUUAAAUGCAUUUGUCCUAUUUAACUUUAAAUAGUGUAUGUAAUUAAUAAGGUUAAGAAAUUCUCUAUCAGGUGAGCAGUGUGCUUUUUUUUUUGUAUUAUUUAAUGCAUAUUUAUCAUCAUAACAUUUUUUGAAUUAUAUUCUAUGUAUAAACAUAUAAAAAACGAACAGCAUUGUCUUGAGCGCAGUGAGAAUGUUUGAUGUGUCUUUAUAUAGUAGAAUAUGCUGCUGGAAACCACUAGCUGUGUUAUAUGCACUAUAAAGGUCAUGCAUGUGACUGUUUUUUUUUACUCUGAUUGGUCUAAUAGGGGUUAAUAUAAUGUUGUUAAUAUACGUGCAUCACAAGAAAACUUCAUGUUGUUUUAUAAAUGUUAUACCUUUGGAAUAAGCAGUUCAGUUGUUGGUUCCUUAUUACUUGGUACAGCCAUUUUUUUUGUUGUGGGAUGUCAGUCCCAUAGCUAAAGGAAUGGU